GGUGGAAAACAGUUAUACUCUCACCAGCAAAAUAGCGCCGUCGUCUCGUCCUGUUUGACUCUCCCGCCGGGAAAUCUCAACUGGGAAAAAAACACUAGCCGAGUUCGAUCGUCGUUCCCGGAGAGCAAUGAAAGGUUCCGUCGCUAUAUGUUUACUGUUGUUCAUUUGUUUCGGCAUCCCUGUGACUUCAGCUAUGGUGGUGUUGAAACCCUUCUUCAUGUCAUUUCCCGACCUUCCUGCCAAAUUCGCUGCUGGAGUGAAUAGCUCUGGGAUAUGUGGAGCUCUAUACGCAGCGAGUCCUCUGGACGCUUGUUCUCCGUUCCGGGGACAAUUAGGGUUUAACGGAACUGGAAAAAUCAGCUUCGCUUUGAUUGUGAGGGGCGGAUGUCCUUUCGAGGAGAAAAUCCGGAAUGCCCAACUUGCAGGGUUUCAUGCCGCGAUUGUGUUUGAUGAUAGGGAUAAGAGGAAUUUGGUAUACAGUAAGUCACUGUUGAUUCUUUGUGGGGUAUUGACAGUGAUGGUGAAUCCGGACCGAGUGAAGAUACAUGCAGUGUUUGUUUCAAAGGCAACUGGUGAGAUUUUGAUGGAGCAAGUGGGUGGGGAGGAAGCCGAAUGCUGCAUCUACCCGUCUCAGAACGAUACAGCUUGGACGGUUUUGGCAAUCUCAUUUCUGUCUCUUGUUGUGAUCAUGGCUUUCCUUCUGAUCGCCCUUGUAACUCCACGCCAUUGGCUGCACUGGCGUCGGCUCAAUUUCCACAGCAGGAGUGUGGAUGCUAAGACGGUGGAGACUCUGCCAUGCUUCACUUUUCAUUCAGGCCAUCUCAGGCAGACCCACGGUGGAGAAACUUGCGUGAUUUGCCUCGAGGAUUACAAGGAUGGUGAAGUUCUUAAGGUUCUGCCCUGCAAACACGAGUUUCAUUCAAGCUGUGUCAAUUCAUGGCUGACCAAGUGGGGGACAUUCUGUCCAGUAUGCAAGCUAGAUAUGAGAAAUGACUUCACUUAUUCUGAGAAUCUUGACAUCAAUGUUGUUUGUUUCAUCGCGACAGAUGAAGCGGGGAAUCCGGCCACAGAACAGGUGAUGAACACACGGGGGGAUCUCAGCUGGACUUUGUACUUUAAGAGGCAGCAGGCAAAAGCAGGUAGCAUUGCCGCCGGAUUAAAAAGUAACAAUCUUGAGGCUGCAGCUGGUUUUCUCAGGGCGGAAAAAGGAGCUAAGGAAGGCGGCGGCUUUGCCACCGGAUUUGGAACAGAAGUCCAUCCAAGACCCACUAGUUUCCCGACUAAUUCAGGGUGGUAUAUAAGAACUCUUCAAGUGUUGGUCUCAAAUGGGUUCACUGGAGGAAAGGUUCAUCAUCUCUUCUUCUUUCUUUUCACUCUUAACAAAAUUACCCUCUUUCCAUUUUUCUGCUUGUUACUUGAACAAAAAAUGAGCACUGUUUCUCUGCUCCAACGGAGUUCGUAUUGGUUGUUGUUGCUUUUGUUGUCCAAUUGGCUCUAUUACAGUUCAGGAGCAGAAGAAGUCCUCACCGUUGAUGUUCAUAAGGCCAAGUCUCUCAUCGAAUCCGGCCAUCUCUACGUUGAUGUCAGGACGGAGGAGGAAUUCAGGGCAGCACAUCCUGAUGCAACGAAGAUCUGGAAGCUGCGAGGCCAAGCGAAACCUGAUGAAGUCGAUCCCAAUUCCUGCGCCGCUGAUGAUUGCAUGGUCACCAAGAUACACAACAUUCCUUACAUGUUCAACACUUCCCAAGGUCCUAGAUUCCGCUUCUGUUUGAUUCAUUUGCUGCGGUGUGCAUACAACAACCUGCUCCAUAACAGUGUUGGUGGUCCAGGCCGAGUGAAGAAUCCUGACUUCUUGGAGAGGGUCAAGAAGAUCUUCAACCAAGACGACCAUCUCGUCGUGGGGUGUCAGAGUGGAGUGAGAUCUAUGUCUGCAACUGCUGAUCUUCUUAGUGCAGGUUUCAAGCACGCUUGCAACAUGGGAGGGGGUUAUCUUGCUUGGGACAAGAAUGGGUUCCCAGUGAAGAAACAUCAGCUCAAGGAAGAACUCUGAACCGUGAUUUCUUUUACUUAUUUUGCUGGCCGAUUCAGGUCUGCCCUGAACUAGUUCCCGUUUGUAUUUUCUUUCUAGGCAAGCAGAUGACUUCUGCGUCUUUGCGGUUGUCCAAUGUAUUGG